GUUCUUGCUCCACCUCCAUAUUUCUCUUCCUGCAACUCUCUCCUUCUCUCUCUACCUAUACAUACACUCUCUCUCUCUAGGUUUCUUCAUCUCAAAAUUCUCAUCUGGGUUUCUUGGCAUUACCAAGAUUUUCGAUUCUAAGAUAGCCCAUGUAGAUGAUUUCUUCAGUAACUUCUCAUACAAAUUGAUUGACCCAACUGGCCUUGUUAUAUGUAUUCUUGUAUACAUACAUAUAAUAAUUCUUUUCAUUGAAAGUAAAGUUGUUGUGUUCUUGGGGUUGGUUCAAAUCACCUGUUGAGACAUGAUGAGAUAUCAAGGAUUGAGCCCGGAGAAUUUGCCUUUGAGCAAUGGAAGAAGAUCCCAUUGGAGAACUUGCAAAGAAGAUGAUGGUAUACUUGGCAGCAACAAGGAGAUUGAUGAUGAAAAUGAUGCUACAAAAACAAUCCCAAAUUUUGUUGAAGCCCCUAAAGGGAUUCCAAAAUUUAGAUCUUCAAAAACAGCCCAAGAUCAAAACUUUUCGACACAUUCAAGCAGUGUCCCCAAUUCUGUGCCAAAAAGUAACCAUGAAUUGAACAAUAACACCACUAAUACACUUCACAAUGGAGGUGGUAGUGGUAGUGGAGAUAUGUUGUUGCAAUGGGGUCAUAGAAAAAGGUCAAGAAUCUCAAGGUCUGUCGAAAACCGGUCAGCUGGAGCUGCUGCUGGUGGCAAUGGCUUAGCUGAUGAUUCUUCAUCAUCCUCAUCAACUCAAUUACAAGCUAUGGGGAUGAAGGUUCCAAGAAGAUCCAUUACUUUGCCUACCCCUGCAACAACCACUGCAAGCCUAAUAGAGACCAAGAAUUCAAGUAAUACAAAUAUAAUGCCCCCACCAUCUUCUGUUUUGCCUGAUAAAAUUUCAAUUACAACAACAGCACCAACCAAUUCUUCCAAUGGCAAAGUUGGAAGUCACAAGUCCUCUAGUAAGGAUAAUUCUUCUCUUGUGAAUAGGAGGAACUUGGAAGAUCGAUCUGGUGGUGGAAGUGGGUCCCACCCACCGAGAAGUAUUAGUGGUAGCAAGGGAGGUAUUGCAGCUGCAGCAGCUUCUUCAUCUAGAUCCAAGCUUGUGAAAAGAUCACCUCAGAAAGUUGUCGAAAAGAAUGAUCAGAAAAAGAUUUUAGCUAGUUCUGCAGCAGCAGCUGUUUGUUCUUCUGCCUCAGUUUUGUCGAAAACUGAUGAGAAAAUAAAUGGAUUGGUCCAUCAAGAACAAAUUGCAGGGUUUGGCAUCAGCCAUCAUCAGAACAAUACUGGUUCUAGUUUGCCACAAGAAGCUGGUUGCAGUAACACUGCUACUACUACUAAUCAUGAGGAUGUUGGUAGUUCGAAAAACGCAAUUGGAGGCACGGCGGUGGCUGUUAACGGUGGAGGAGAGGUGCAUGAGUGGCCAAGGGUCCAUAUUCCUCUAACAAGGAAGGAAAAAGAAGAGGAUUUUCUUCUCAUGAAAGGGACAAAGCUGCCUCACAGACCCAAGAAAAGGCCUAAGGCUGUUGAUAGAAUGCUUCAGUAUUGUUUCCCAGGGACUUGGUUGGCAGAUGUGACCAAGGCUAGGUAUGAAGUCAAGGAGAAGAAAUGCACCACCAAAAAGCCAAAGAGAAGAGGGUUGAAAGGGAUGGAGAGCAUGGAAAGUGACUCUGAAUAGUAAUUUUCUUUAUUUUAUCUGAAUUAAAUCAAUUAGCUAAAAAAACCGUUCAAGCCGGUCUGCCAGUUGACCGCUUCGUAUCGGCCGAACCGAAAUGGUUCAAAAUGUACAAACGAAUCUGGAAAAAAAAGAAGCAAAAACAGCGGAGUCGCCAUGACGGAGAAGCAGCAGCAGCUUUGAUGUUUCCGGUCACCGUAAGAGCUCACCGGAAAUCGGUUAUUUUCAUUUCUAAUUGUCUCUUUGUAGCCUUCUAAUGUAUUUUUUUUUCCUGCAAUUUUGUUUUUCCAUAAUAAUUUUGUGCAUGUUUGUGCACAUUUCUUGUA